UUUCUACAAAUUUUUGAUCGCCUAUUUAUUUCUGCAAAUUCGUAAAAUAAAAAAUAAAAAAAUUCGAACUCGCAAGCAAGCACACACUACAGGCCCAUGGAGAAACUUGGUGGCAGGCACAUGGAACAUAAUAGCCUGUGGUUUCUUGGAGGUCCGUUAACACGACGAGGACUGUGCGCACAUCCUAUUCGGCUUCCGGAAGCCAGGUAGUUACUUGGCUUCCGGUUGCCCAAGAUUCGUGCGUGCGUUGAUGGCCGUUGGAUCAUCAUCUUCUCAUCCAUCAUCUUCUUCCUCCGUUCCUUAUCAUUUCAUCCAUGGCUGUUAGCCUUCACCGGCGGCUCCAAGGUCAGAGGGUGGGAGCCAGGCCGAGGGGUGGGGGCGGCGGCGGCGAGGUCGCCGCGCGAUCGCCGGUGGUGGUCGUGGCGGCGGUUAGGGUUAGGGCUUGGGUUACCAGGGGCGGGGGCUCUAAUGUCCUGCGGCCAUAGAAGAGGAGGGGGUCGGGGGUGACGGAGGACCGGCGGUGGCGGCGGACCGGUGACCGGCGGCGGUGGCGUGGAUGCCCAUGGGGUUAGGAAGGGCGGGCGAGUGGGCGGCGGUGGUUGGUGGGGGGCUGCGCGGCAGCCGCCGGCCAGGGGAGGAGGAGGGGGCGGAGGUGGUGCUCGCCGGGGAAGAUGACGGGAAGCAACGGGAGGAAGAAGAUGAGCUCGGUGAGUCGGAAGAAGAUGAGCUCGUGGGCCACUAACAGGCUCCAAGCCAAGUUGCGGAUAGCGGAAGCCAGGUAGGAGUACCCAGGACUGUGCCUCGCCCAUUGGGUAUUGAAUUGCAGCGCAAUUUUUCAAUUCCACCUUUUUUUUUUUUGUCUCAGAAUAAAACGCGGGAACCGCCUCGUUCCCGCGUGGUUGCCCGCGAGAAACCAAACCCCACCAAAUGGAGCAGUGGCUGCCGCUGUUCCGCCACCUCCUCGCCUGCCCCGUCCCCAACGCCGCCGCCUUUUCCUCCUCCCCCUCCUCGGGCGACUGCCCCGGCUCGCCUCCCCCGGCGGCGGCGCUCCUCCGCCUCCUCCUCUCUCCCGCGCCCACGCUCCCCGCGUCCGCCUCCGAUGUCCCAACGGGCGCUAUCCUCUUCCAGACCCUCCCGCCCUUCCUCCAGUCCCAAGCUCUCUCUUUCCUCGCCUCCUCCGCCGACCUCCUCGACACGCACCUCAUCCGCUCCCUCGCCGCCCGCGUCCUCUCCGCCCCGCCUGGCCGGUAUGGAUUCUGGACCUGCCGCGGCGCCCGCCACCUGCUCGAUGGAUUGCCCGAGGAGGAAGGCGUCCCUGGUGUUGCCUCUGAGGAGUUCGUUAAUGGAUUCCACGAGCCACCUCCGUGGCUUAAAGAAGUGGGGGCGCGGGCACGUCCUGUCCUGCCGUGGCUCCCUGUUGAUUGCCGGAGCGUGAUGGGGAGGGGGAGACGACCUCGUGGAGGUGGGGAUGGUUUGGACGGGAUUGAGUUGGAGACUUUGGUGCUGGUGCAAGAUGAAGAUGUGGAGAUGCAGGAGGCUGGGUGCAUUCCGCUGCCUCAAGCUCCUCCACUUGGGGAUUCGAUUGUGCAGAGAGCCCUGGCUGUACAGAAGGAGAUUGUGAUGGUGGAAUCCGUCUUGGUGGCCCAGCGGGUGGUGAAGGAUUUGCAGGACCUUUGUGUCAGGUCCAGGAAUGCUGCGGCGGUGCUUAGCUUAGUACAGCCGUGGGAAGCUGAUGAUGAUACUCUAAGGGUCUUGCUUUCGAAUUUGGUGCUUCAGGAGGAUGGAGUGCGUGGAGGAGGGCCAGCACUUGUUCUGUGUUCUGUUUUCCUACCACAGCUGCUCGAGCUUCAAAGACCACCUUCAUCUGUUCUUCUUUCCGCUGCAUUGGAUCUCUGCAAGCGCCAUCCAGCUGCAGCACUGGAGGCUGUACUCUUUCCGCUGGUGCUUAGGAAGGGCGGGCUAAAUGUUCCCCAGUGUGAUGUGCUAACACGAAUUGUCAAGGAAUGCAUGCAUCCACUGCACGUCUCUGCUUUCUGCCAUAGGCUGCUUUCAGGGGAGGAGCAAGAGCGGAAGCCAGUUUGUAUGCCUCAGCAUCAUGAGAAUGUUGGUACACAUUUGGUCUGGACGGAAUCUCUGUUCUCACUAUUUUACAGCAUUCUCAGUCAAGAUAUUUGCUUGACACCAAGCAGCGUUGGUGAGCUAAUUUCUGUGAUUGAUGAGAGGGCAUCAGAGUUCUCGAGGUCAUUGAAAUUUGGCAACUUUCUGCUGUGCUUUGUGCCAAAGUGUUGGCAUCAAUGUAAGAAUCAGAGGGUUUUGCUUGAGAGAGCUGUUGAGAGGACCAACACUUUCCUGACUAAAGCUAUCUUGGCGAAACUGCACACUGCAAGUUGAAGUUAUAUGGCUAAAGCAUUCAAAUGCAAACAACUUAUUUACUCUUUGGAUCAGUUCACCACCCUGAAUCACGGUAACGACAGCAGAUGUUGGGAGGAGUAAAAUCUCAACUUUGAGAUCUCAUUCAAGUCAGACUAAUCAUGGGCAGUUAGCUUGACUUUGUGAUUCAGUGCAUGCAGACCUGUGUGCAGAGUCAGUCGCCAAAGUAGUUGAAUUGAAUCUGAAAACCAUUCGUUGCAUUCCAUUUGUCGAUGCAGGCCUAGAUUCUCUCAGAGAUUUGCUGGACCCUGUUUGCGAAUUCUGUAAAUGGUGUAUGCUAGUUCUCUGCGUGUCAAAAUUAGGUUAGGUUCACUCAUCUUUACGCAAGCAUUGUUAUUCUGACAGUCGUUUCCUGAUUCACUUAUCCAUUGUAUUGUUUUUGUGCGUGGCCUGUCCCAUAAUUUGAUCUGUUCUGGAAUCUGGAGGACCUGGUGGCCUCAGCCCUAAGGUUUGCCUUCGUUCUGCCCAGCUUGA